AUGAGUAGCAACAUAGGGUCCUCUUCUGAGGCCACUCCGCUUUUGCAGGAAAAUCCUGGCUGCCAGUCUCAAAGCACGCAAUAUCAGAGCGUUACCCGCCAUACACACGAUGUGGAAGUUAGCUCCUCCCCCAAGGAAUUCCAUGAGGAUGUGUCUUUUCCCAUCUUAACACGAGUACAAUCAACCUCUCAGAUACUGGAUAUCGAACCAAACCCAGACAGACUUCCUUCUAUUCACUCUGUGAAGAGGGGCAAUGGCUCUAUCGACGGUAGCAUUGGGGACGAGGGUGACGGCUAUGCUUCCCGAUUCAUCAAUGUAUCUCCCACUCGAUUCUGGCUGAUUUUCAGUGGCAUCAUGCUGGGAUACGUGAUUGGAUUUUUUGACUCGACUCUAAUGGCUUCAAGUCAUCCUGUUAUCACAUCCUAUUUCCAUUCCGCAAAUGCGGCUUCUUGGCUGUCGACCUCCUUCCUGCUUACUUCUACGGCAUUCAUGCCCCUAUUGGGACGCCUCUCAGAUACAAUGGGCCGUAAACCAAUUUAUCUGUUUUCCAUCGCCAUGUUUUUUUUUACCACGGCAUGGUGCGGUCUCGCUCAAAGCAUUGGAAGCUUCAUUGCUGCUCGAGCUUUUUGCGGUCUGGGCGCUGGUGGUGUGUUUUCCAUGGGCCAAAUCCUCUCCAGUGAUCUUGUCCACCUCGAGUAUCGCAGUGUCUACCAAUCAUAUAUCAAUUUGUGCUUGGGCACUGGUAGUUGUCUGGGACUGGCCUUUGGCGGGUUUCUUUGCGAUCGGAUCGGCUGGCGAAGUGCAUUUCUUAUUCAGCUACCUUUCAUCUUUGUCUAUUUCAUAACCGCUGUUUUUACAAUCCCGGCGGAUAUUGGACUGAAGCAGACACAAUCGGCUCACAAGACGAUCUUACAGGUGCUUCGCAGCAUUGACUUGAUUGGCUCUCUCUUCCUUAUUUUGUCGGUCACUACGUUGAUCAUGGGAUUGAAUCUGGGAGGAAAUGUCUUUUCUUGGGAAAAUCCGGUGGUCAUUGGCUCGUUGGUCGCAUCUGUCAUUCUGGCUAUCGCUUUAAUACGAUAUGAGCGAAAUGUGCCAAAUGCUGUCCUCCCGACCGAAUUGCUAUCGAAGAACCCUCGCGCAAAUAUCAUCAUCAGCAACUUCUUCGGAGCAAUGUCCGUCAAUACUAUGAUGUUCAACGCGCCGUUGUAUUUUCAGGCCGUCAAGUUGGCCAGUCCAACGGAUUCAGGACUCCGACUUAUGGCCGCAUCAGUCGCUGUGACUGUUUCUAGUGUCAGCACCGGAUUCUUGAUUAGCUGGUCGCGACGAAUGGAACCAACCAUCCUCGUCGGUGGCUUUUGUAUGCUGCUUGGUGGAUGUCUAGCUGGCUCGAUGAACAUCAACACAUCUCAAACACUUGCCAUGUUUUGUGUUUGCUUCAAUAGCUUCGGUCAGGGAUUCUCGUUCCCGAGUCUUAUGGUCUCGAUUCUCGCGACCAGCGACAAAGCCGACCAGGCGGUUGCUACUACAACCCUAGGAUUGGCGCGUAACCUUGGCUCCGUGAUGGGUGUUUCUAUCAGUAGCUGGGUUCUACAAAAUGUCCUGAUCUAUCAACUUGAACAUCAGGUCACUGGGGACAACAAGGCAGAAAUUAUACGUCGUGUCCGCAAAUCUAUUCACUUCAUUGGUGACUUGGAUCCGUUUCAUCAACAGCAAGUCGUCGGAGCAUAUUCAAUGGCUCUUCGUCUCACAUUUCUUUCGGCGGCCAUCUGGGGUGCUGUCAUGUUGUUUAUGAACCUCCGGCUUCGAUUGCCCCGGUUGGCUCGCAAGGCAUGA